AUGUACAUACUCAAGUCCGCUCUUUUACAAUUCUUGCGAUCUCUCAGUAAUGGAAAGGUUUUAAUCAUCAAAGAAAAGGAGUUUGGGGGUCUGGACAUUGAUAUUCAUGGGUACGAAUUACUGUUUUAAUUUUAAUUGUAAUCAUUUGUAAUUUCAGAACUCUUUUUGUCGACUUGAAGGUGUAUUUGGUCUAUAGAUUAUAUCUAAAUGAAACGUUUGAUAUUAAUUUUGUUUCUGACGGGAAAAGCUUUGCCAGAUCUCUCAGAAUACGGCCAAUUAAAUCUGAAGGAUACUACAUUACUUCGUCACUUUAUUACAACAUAUUCCAUACAAAUAAAAUUUCACCGGUUCAAGUUACUGUAAGUUUAUGAUUUAUUAUGUAGUUUGUCCUUUAGAAAAUCUCGAAAUCAAAAUCUGAAGUUGAGAGAGUCGAUGAGAUUUUAUUGGGCCCAAUAAAACAACCAGAUAUAACGAUCGAUGAAAAUAUUCUGGACAAUUACUUGGUAUCUUACUUUAGAGUUAACAGGAUCCUGAAUAGCCAUGACAUAAUUGCUGUAAACGUGAAUAUUGGAACUCAGAAAAGCACGGUUUAUUAUAAAGUAAGUUGAUCCUUGAUUUAUAAUUUCUUGUUUUAGAUAUUCCAUGGAAAGUCUUGUUUCAAAGUUGAUUCUAACACCCGGUUGCUCCAAAAUCAUUCAAUUUCCUCUCGAAAACCCUCUUCCUUCUUGUACGACCUCCGUUUCGUUCCAUCAUCUAUGAAAAACGCACUCUCUGAUCCCUUCAGAAUCUGCGAUUCCAUUUUUGAUUUAGAAUCCUCGACGGUUACUGUAAAUUUAUUGAUUGGAUCAAUUGGAUCUGGCCAAGAUUUGUUCUUAAAACUUUUGGCCAAUGAUUUGGGGGUUAAUUUAUUAAAAUUUAAUUGCUUUGACCUCUGGAACACCGAGGGAAAGCCUACGGAUUCGAUUGUAAAUGGGUGGUUCGAUAAAGGCAAGACUUUUUACACGCAUUUUAAAAAAUUAUACACUUGAGAACAGAAAUUAAAAACAUAAUUUCAGUGAAGACAUUCGAGCCUUGCCUGGUUCAAUUGGAAAACCUGCAUAUUCUCGGUGGAAAUAGGAAUUCGGAUGUGAAUUCGAGUAAGUCUGAGGCGAAAGGAAGCCAAAAACAUAAGUUUAGGCAGUCGAAUCCUCGAAGUCCUUACCCAGACCAUCCAGAAUUUCUCCGCCAAAGCCGUUCUUUUUAUUCCUUGCACGAAUAUUGAAAUGGAAUCAUUCCCCAAGACAUUCACCAAGUUAAUCCACUUCAAAUUUUAUAUCAGUGAUCUCAAUUCAACUGAUCGAAAUGACUUUAAAGAGUAUUUGAAAAGAAAAAAAUGUGAAAUUAAUGAGGAGAAAUUGUUGGGAGAGAUUCGAGUAAGCGUUCAGCCUGCUAAAAGAAGUGGUUUUUUUUAGGGGAUGACCCUGAACGAGCUCAAUCAACUGGUCGAAGAGGCUAGAAUUGCGUCGUUAAAGGAAAAUCGGUAAGUACUUUUAGAUUAAAUGACAAAUGAUUACUCUAACAUGGUACAAGUAAAAUUUUAGACCCAAUAUUACUCAAAAAGACUUUGAUUGGGCUCUUGAACUUCGAAAUAAAGCCUUUGGGGAGUCCGUUGGAGUCCCCAAAGUCCCCAAUGUCAGCUGGAAUGAUGUCGGAGGACUGGAAGAUGUAAAACAAUUGAUCUCAGAGAGUCUGAACUUAAAUAUAAAUCACAAAAGAAGUAAUCUCAGAAGAAGUGGAGUGGUUUUGUAUGGCCCCCCAGGGUGUGGAAAGACCCUGAUAGCUAAAGGUAAGGUUAUUCUAACUGCAAUUGACAACUCUGACAGCUGUUGCCAACGAAUUCAAGAUGACAUUUCUGAGUGUAAAGGGGCCAGAACUCCUCAAUCAAUAUAUCGGGCAAUCAGAAAAGAAUCUUCGCCAAGGUGAGUGUAAUCAGCAAUAGUUUUAUAUUACAGUAUUCGAGAGAGCAAAGGCAGCAGCUCCAUCCAUUAUUUUCUUCGACGAAUUAGAUUCCUUGGCGCCAAGUCGAGGUGUAGCCGGGGAUUCUGGAGGGGUAAUGGACAGAAUGGUAUCUCAAUUACUAUCGGAAUUGGAUGAUCUUCAGACCCAAAAAGAUGCCCCAGUUUUUGUAAUGGGAGCCACAAAUCGGCCAGAUCUUCUAGAUCCUUGUCUUUUAUCCCCGGGCAGAUUCGAUAAGUUAAUCCAAGUCAAAUUGGCUACAGAUUUCGAAUCCAAAGUCCGUAUUCUCACUCCCAUCUGCAAAAAAGUGAAGAUGCAUGAAGAGCUGACAGUGGAAGUUGUGGUAAGAAUCGGAUCUUAAUACAGUCUACUUUAAGGCCGAACUUUGUCCUCCAAGUAUGAGCGGGGCCGAGCUGAGUUCGGUGAUCUCCAAAGCCGCCAUGGUCGCGGUUCAAGAACGAAUCCAGGAGCUGGAAAAUGGACAAAACCCCAUAAAUGAGAAACCGGUUCAGAUCCAUCAGGCUCAUAUUAUACACGCCAUCCGAUCCCUUUGA